UCCCGUUCCCUCUCCUGUCGUUACCAAACACGCUGUACGGAUAAAGAAAAGGAACGAAGCGAUAUUGAAGCCUAGUUUACUCUGACCGCCGCCGCCGGGUCUCCGUCGCCGCCGUCGCCGCCGGCGCCGCCGGUUCUUAAGCCCGUUUGUUGACCCUGCCGCCGCCGUAGCCGUCACCGUCGCCGGGUCUCCCUUCUCCUGCUCAUCGCCCCUCAGAAAUAAUUCAAAUGGAAACCAAUGGGUUAUCACUCAAGACUCAGGAAAUCAGGUCAAAAAGGAAGUGGGAGACAACUGCAGAUCUCAGCCGCCGCUGCGGCAGUAACCAACAUGAAAGUCCAUGGGAAGGCGGUACAACAGAGCAUCAGGACAAAAUGAAUGGGAUAAUCACUUGUUUGGUUUGUGGCGAGGAAGGACAUUACAGUUGUGACCGGCCUUUCAAGGAUCAGGAACACAAAGUUAUUUGCACAGUUUGUAGCAAAAAUGGCCACUGGAGCAUAUCGUGUUGCCAGCAGAACAAGUCACAGAAUCGCGCUUGCACCCGCUGUGGAGAGAUAGGGCAUAGUACUAGUACACAUGGUCUCCUCAGUUGCUCAAGCUGUGACGAAUAUCAUCCGCAUGGAGAGUGUCGAUUGAGCAAAGUUAAAUGCUUUAUUUGUGAAAGUCAGGAUCAUUAUCCUGCUCAGUGCCCCUUGAAUUGGGUAUUGAAUGCAGCGUUUCAGGAUCAGAGAGAGAACUUCGAAGCUGCUCUGUGGCUUGCACUAUCAAAACAAGUCAACACAUUAUCUAAACGGACCUGCAGUCCAAUAGCCAGGGAAUACAACUUAAGGACAAGGAUAUGCUUUACAUGCCGUGAAGAAGGUCAUGUUGCCUUUUACUGUCCUCAGAAAAGAAGAUCAAUAUUGCCCGACCUAUCCAAAGAAUUUGAAGAGAGCAGCACCAUAGCUAAAUCCUCCAACCUGUCCAAAGAAUUAGAAGAACGGGACCCUGGUACUGCUAGUGCUAAACAAUCAUCAAAAAUGAAACCGGCAUCGGUUCUUCGAUGUGUUAGCUGUGGUCAGGAAGGGCACAGGGCAAGGAGCUGUCCAACACGAGUGUUUAUAUGCUCCUUAUGCAAUGAAGAAGGCCACAGGGCCAGGAGCUGUCCAACACGAGUGUUUAUAUGCUCCUUAUGCAAUGAAGAAGGCCACAAAGCCAAGAAAUGCCCUCAGAAGCGCCAGAAGCGUUAAUACCAAAAGCUAUCGGUUAAGCAAACAGUGAUACACACUAUACAUGUCGUUACAUUUUUCUUACGGGUUAUCUAACCUAGAAUUGACAUGUUUCUUGUGAUACUCUAGCCGUUGCUUAACCAAGAAGUGGAUACACAGGUAAAAGAUGACCUUAGCACAAUGGGUAUAUGUUGUCAAAAUCAAUGUGGACGCCUCCUUCGAUGAAGAUAGUUUUACUGGCACUACUGGGGUAGUGAUCCGAGAUAACAAAGGAAGGUUCAUGGCAGCAAAAAAUUUCAAACUAGACUCGGUGCUUGAUGGUUUGUCGACGGAAGCAUUAUAGCACUUACAAGAAGGAUUGCUGUUUUGCUGAACCCCUGGGCUGCACCAGGAUCACCGUCAGAUAGCAUGAAUGUCAUUACGACGAUGCAAGAUGAGGUCCAUUCAGCAGGGGUUGCAGCGGCAAUCUUCAGAGAUUGUUACUUCGUCUCAAGAGAAUUUGCCAAGGUGGAAUUUGUCCAUGAAAACAGAGAACCAAAUACUGUAGCUCACAAAUUGUCGUUCUUGCCAGAAAUUCAUAUUGUACCUCUUAUUAAUGAUGUAACCCUGUUUAUGAAUGAAUAAAGAGGUAUGUUUUGAGGUAAA